UCACAGCUGUGUUGUCAGUCGUGCUUCAAAUGCCAUAGCGAUGACAAGUGAAAAACCGUGCUACAAUGUGGCCGACGCGCCAGCGCUCUUUGAGAAAUUUAUAAAAGAUAACAAUAGAGUUUAUGCGGGCGAUAACGAUCUGAAAAUACACUAUGAAGCAUUUGUUAAGAACCUUGAGAAAAUAAAUGCCAUGAACGCACAGGGCUCGACUCAGGGAUCGGCGGUUUAUGAUAUAAAUAAAUUUGCAGACUAUACGGAGGAGGAAUGGAAAAACAUGUUUGGAUUCCGUAAAAGUUAAUACUUUGUGAGACCUUGUUUGAUAAUUAUGGAUUGAAAACUUUCUACUGUGCCCAGUAAAGUGGAGAAGGAGCUUACAAUUAGGACAAAUUGGAAAACCUUUGUACUUAUGUUUGGGAUGUAUAAAAUAUUAUCAAGAAUAAACAAUGAUUGAAUCAUGAAUGAUAUACCUACCUAAGAUAAAAAAAUACAAUAAUAAUUUUUAAUA